GUGCGGGAGUUACAAUGGAAAAAGGGAGAAAAUUGGAGUCAGACUGACCUGGGAGGUUUUAGGUUUAUCCGAUGAAGGUGGUUAGACCCUAAAGAGAAACUCGAGAUCUCGCGUUUCUAGUAAAUGUGGAAUUUAGGCAGUGAUAUGCCUGGAUUACCGCCGCCAUAUUUAUGGAGGGGGGAAGCGAUGCAGCUACGCGCAUGCGCCUGUUCUAUUUGGGGCGGGAUGAUUUGAAGAGAGGAUAUUAAUUCAGAAUAAUUGAGUGCGGGAUCGCAAAACAAGUUGUGACAGUCCAGCAGAGUCUUUCGGAUCUGAUCAUGGAUCUCAACAUCAUUGGCAUUUAAUUGUGGAAGGAAAAAGCGGAUUGGAUGGAGACUUCAACUGAACAUCAUGUCAAAAUCUGACAGACUGACCCCCCCCGCAGGGCUUAAAAAUCAUCAGCCUUCGACCAUCAAGGGAGAAAUGUUCUGUCUGCGGAAAGCUUUAUUUAGAAUGUGAUUGAACAAAUUCUGAGACACUUGCAGCUGCAGACACUGUUAUCAGUUAGCAGAGGAACUCACCGAUGAUGUCCUUGGUUGCUUCAAAACUUGUUGAAAACUGUGCAAGUGAGUGUAACAGUGAACCAGGACCAAGCUGCAAUCAGAAUGCCGAGGGCACAGGCACCGUCAGAGGACACACUUAAUAUCGAAUGACAGCUGGAUAAGCAAACUGUACAUCAGAACAUUCAAUGGAAGAUUCAAAGGUGGGAAUCCAAUGCAAACAUUCGUUUUGGAUAAAAGCAAAAUAUUACUGAAAACUGACUUAAAAUUUAAAAUACUGGAGAAACUGAGAGGUCUGGUUGCAUCUGAAUAGAGAGCAAAACAGUGUUAAAAUUUCAAGUUCAUUAUGACUCUUCUUCAGAACAGGAUCACACCAAGAUCUCUCAUUUUAUCACAACAUCCGCAGAUUUUGAACAUGGAAGGAAAAAGCACUGUUCACAGAAAAGAGAAACCGAAUAUGUGUUCUGUGUAUGAGCAAGGGUUCAGACAGUCAUCUGGCUUUUUGCAGUCAUGUUGGGGAGAUACUAUGGAAAACUGGGGCAUGCGAGCAGACAGUUAGUUACAUUUCUGAUCUGGAAUUUCACAAAAUUCACCAUCAUACUGACACUGAGAAAUGGCCAUUUAUCUGCUCCAUAUGUCAGAAGGGAUUCACUGAAUCACCAAUGCUGCUGAGGCACCAGCGAGCUCACGCUGACCCUUUCAAAUGUCAAGAUUGUGGGAACUGCUACAAACGUUCCAGCGAACUAAUGUCCCAUCUACGUGUUCACACAGAUGAGAGACCUUUUAAAUGCUCAGUUUGUGGGAAGGGUUUUAAAACGACUGGGGAGCUGAUACGUCACCAAAGUGUUCAUACUGAGGAGAGACAGUUCAAGUGCUCUCAGUGUGGGACAGGGUUCAGUCGAUCAUAUGAUCUCUGCGCACACCAAAGAGUUCACAGUGGGGAGAAGCCUUUCACCUGCAUAGAGUGUGGGAAGGGAUUUACUCGGACAUCCAACCUGCUGAAGCACCAUCGGGUUCACACUGAAGAAAGGCCUUUUAAGUGCCCGGACUGUGGGAAAGGCCAUGUAAGUUCCACUGAAUUGAUGUCCCAUCAGCGUAUUCACUCUGAGGAGAGACCUUUCAGGUGCUGUCACUGUGGGACUGGGUUCAGAUGGUCAUCUGACCUCCGUAUACACCAGAGAAUUCACACUGGAGAGAGGCCAUUCACUUGUACUGAAUGUGGGAAGGGAUUCUCUCGGUCAUUUUACCUCAUGACGCACCAGCGAGUUCACACUAGGGAGAGGCCAUUUACCUGCUCACUGUGUGGGAAGGGAUUCACUCAGUCAUCUCAUCUCAUGGCACACCAGCACGUACACAGUGAGGAGCGACCUUUCAAAUGCCAAGACUGUGGGCAGUGCUAUAAAAGUUCCAAGGGUCUUUUGUCCCAUCAACAUGUUCAUACUGACGAGAGACCUUUUAAGUGUUCAAUUUGUGGGAAAUGCUUUAAAAGUUCUGCAGAUCUGAUGCGACAUCAACGUAUUCACACUGAUGAGAAACCAUUCAAGUGCUCUCAGUGUGGGUCUGGAUUCAGGCGAUCAUCUGACCUCACUGUACACAAGCGCAUUCACACUGGAGAGAGACCUUUCACAUGCUCUGAGUGUGAGAAGGGAUUCACGACAAACUCCAACCUGCUGAUACACCAGCGGGUUCACACUGGGGAGAGGCCAUUUACCUGCUCAAUGUGUGAGAAGAGAUUUACUCAGUCAGCUCACCUGCUUCGCCACCAGCGACUUCACAAGUGACUAAAGCAGGGGCUCCGUUUUGCUGUUAACCACAACUGGAAUGGAGCUAUGUUGAAUGCUGAUGUUUAGCUCAACCACAGAUGUUAAUAUUUGGCAAAAUAGUCAAAUAAAACAGUUCAGCUUAAGUCUGCCUAAUUUUUUACACCCUUGCCAGUUCACUUUGAAGGGAUCUCCCUCUUUCUUUGUUGAAUUGUUACUGAAAUUGGAACAAUUGAUCAGCUGCCUGUGCUUCUUUCUCCCCCACCACUAGGCCAUCAGUCAAACCCAUUCUGAAUUCCUCUUUCUGUGAAAGCUGCUCCAGCUUUCUCUCCUAUUAUUGUCACAUCCUAUCAGAUCUCAUCUUGUGCAUGGGUCGCACCUCCUGCUGCUUUGACUCUAUUCUCAUUAAACUGUUACCCACAGCUUCCCCAUGUUCGCUGAUAUUGUUAACAUUCACUCUCUCUUCUGGUUCUGUCCUUCUCACCUUUAAUUCCAUCAUCAUUGCCUAUCAGGAGGAAAAAAAAACUCUUGAACUCAUUGUCCUUGCAAGUGGCUUGCUUCAUGCCCAACCUUCCAUUUGUCUCCAUGUUGCUUGGACUUGGCAUCCCCCAAAGAUCCAUUUCUCACCAUUACUCGCCACUUGGUGAUCUCAUUCAGGCAGCGUUGUGGUUAUGAAAGGAGUGGUUCAUCGAGUCACAGCAAAGAAAAAGACUGCACCAAUCAAAACUAACCACCUUACUAUUCCAAUUCCAUUUCCAGCAUUUGAUCCAUAGCUGUGUGUGUCUUGGUAUUGCAAGUGUGCAUCUAAAUACUUUUUUAAUGUUAUGAUGGUUUCUGCCUCUACCAAUCAUAGAAGCAGCAAGGAUCAGACUAAGGAGCUGAGAUGGACAACCAGUUUCCUCCUAAGUCUUAUUGAGUUCUGGCCUGCUGAUGACAUUGAUUGCCUUAUUGAGAUCUACAAGAGUAAGGUAAGGAGCUAGGUACUGGGCCCUGCCCUUCUCUUGUCGCUGUAUGCAGAAGAUUACGUUCCCAUCAAACUGCCAGUAUGGAAACUGCAAUCUGUUUCUGGGCACCCAUUCAGUACCUGACAGCAGAGAAAACAAAAAUUGAUAGAAAUUCAGGGCAGACAGUUAUAGAUUUGAAUUAAACAUCUUUUUUUCC